AUGCAAUUCAGGGCGCUCGCUACCCUCCUUUUCGCCGCUCUGGCAGUGGCCAAUCCUGCCCCGGCCCCUCAGGCUGGCGAUGACCUGAACGCUCUGAUGGACUCCGUUCCCAGCUCCGUCCUCGACGUCCUCAUGACGGCUAUUCCUCCCUCUGUCGUUGCGGCCCUUGCCAACCCUACCCAAGCCGCUAGCAUCGUCCAAGAGAUCGAGCAAGGACAGGUACCAGACUGGUACGCCAACCUGCCCGACAGCGUCAAGUCCUGGGCUUCUAGCGCUGCCAUGGCUGAGCUCGGCGGUGUUCCCACCGCUACCCCCGCCGGUUCUGCUUCCACUCCCGCCGUCACUUCUCCUCCUUCGGAGACUCCUUCCGGCAACACCGCGACCACGUCCUCGGGCUCUGCCGGUGCUGCCUCAACCUCGAUCCCGACCUCGACCCCGAACGCUGCUCCCACUGGCGCCGUGGCCGUCAGCUUUGCCGGUGCUGCUGGUAUGCUGGCUCUCGCUCUUGCCCUGUUGUUCCAGUCGCGCGUACAACUCGUGCGUGUAUUCGAAUGUAAUGCCGUGCAUACUAAGUUCAAGUAA